AUGGUUAUGUAUUUUACGCAAGUCUAUUUGUGGACGACGCUUCUUGCCACCGUGCUGACUUGGGCAAUAUUCCACGUCAGCAACCGGAGGAAGAAGACAACUAAGCUGGCGGAUACGGCAGCCAAGGAGAAAAGAGACGGUGGUCCAGACGUCAUCAUCGUGGGAGCUGGUGUCGGUGGCUCAGCUCUUGCCUAUGCUCUUGCUAAGGACGGACGUCGAGUACAUGUGAUAGAGAGAGACAUGAGCGAACCUGUGAGAAUGAUGGGUGAGUUUAUGCAACCUGGAGGACGACUCAUGCUAGCUAACCUUGGCCUUCAAGAUUGUUUGGAAGAAAUCGAUGCACAGAAAGCCCCAGGCUUAGCACUUUAUAAGGACGGGAACAAAGCCCUCAUACCUUUUCCAAUGGAGGACAAGAACUUUCCUUACGAACCUACUGGUCGAUCUUUUCACAAUGGCCGUUUUGUACAGCGACUGCGCCAAAAAGCCUCUUCUCUCCCUAAUGUGCAAUUAGAAGAAGGAACCGUGAAGUCUUUGAUAAAAGUUAAAGGUGUGGUUAAAGGAGUGACAUACAAGAACAGCGCAGGGGAAGAAAUAAAUGCAUUUGCACCUCUCACUGUGGUAUGCGACGGUUGCUAUUCAAAUCUUCGUCGGUCAGCCAUCGAUAACAAAGAGGAAGUGCUCUCGAAUUUUGUGGGAUUCGUCGUGAAGAAUAGCCGACUUGAAGAUCCUCAUAGUAUGCAUCUGACUUUUGCUAAACCUCUACCCUGUGUGUUAUAUCAAAUAACCAGCGAUGAGGUUCGUGUUGCUGCCGAGCUUCCUGCCGACAAUAUUCCUUCUAUAGCGAAUGGCGAAAUGGUUAACUUUCUCAAGAAAACUCUAGCUCCUCAGAUACCUGAAACUGGAAAGCUCCGGGAGAUAUUUUUGAAAGGGGUUGACGAGGGACUACAAGAGGUAAAAGUUCAUGCGACUAUGAGUAUGUCAGCGAAGCCGAGUGAUAAGAAAGGAGUGAUUGUGUUGGGAGAUGCAUUCAAUAUGCGUCAUCCUAUAGUCGCUUCAGGGAUGAUGGUUGCACUCUCGGACGUUCUCAUUAUACGUAAUCUUCUCAGGUCAUUGCCUAACAUUGGCAAUGCCAAGAAGGUCUCGGAGCUUAUCAAGUCCUUUUACAUCAUCCGCAAGCCAAUGGCGGCUACGGUGAACACACUGGCGGAUGUCUUUUCAAACGUGCUUGUCGCUACAACGGACGAAGCAAAAGAGGGAAUGAGACAAGGCUGCUUUAAUUACAUGUGUAGUGGUGGUUAUAGAACAAACGGAAUGAUGGCUAUUCUUGGAGGCAUGAACCCUCGUCCCCUUACUCUAGCUCUUCAUCUUGUAGACAUCACUCUCUUCUCCAUGGGCCAAUUGCUCUCUCCCUUUCCUUCGCCCCGUCGCUUUUGGCAUAGCCUCAGAAUUUUUGGGUUGGCUUUGCAAAUGUUGGGUGCACAUGUGGUGGAUGAAGGAUUCAAAGAGAUGUUGAUUCCUACAAACGCAGCUGCGUAUCGCAGAAACUAUAUGGCCGUGGCCAGCGACUGUUGAUUGAUCUUCAGAACCAAGUCUAUUUAGAACUCAAACAGCUCUAUUUAAAAAAAAAAAAUUUGAAUAAAGAAUUGGGUCCUGUUGAGCCUUUGAUUAUGCCUUGUUGU